UAUACAUCACGCUGGACGUGAAAAGAAGAGGAGCGGAAAUUUUCCGCACACGCAAAGUUUGACGUGAAUCCCGAUUCACUUCGACUGCGGAAUAGGACGUGUCAUCGUUUCACAAACCCGUUUUCUUCUUUUCAAAGGUGUAUACCUCCCACCCCGCCCCAUCACGGCCCUCACCUGUGUGUUGCGGUGCUUCCCCUGUGAGCCGACCUGGGCCGGCAGCCCCUUCUUGCACCGCCCGCCGACCAGGCCCAUGGUCACCAUGACGCGCUCCAAAACCUUCCAGGCGUACCUGCCCAGCUGUCAUCGAACCUACAGCUGCAUCCACUGCAGAGCGCACCUCGCCAAUCACGACGAGCUCAUCUCCAAGUCUUUUCAAGGAAGUCAGGGCAGAGCGUAUCUGUUCAACUCCGUGGUUAAUGUGGGAUGUGGUCCUGCUGAGGAGAGGGUCUUGCUCACUGGGCUUCACGCAGUAGCAGACAUCUACUGUGAAAACUGCAAAACCACGCUGGGUUGGAAAUAUGAACACGCCUUUGAGAGCAGUCAAAAGUACAAGGAGGGGAAGUUCAUCAUCGAACUCGCCCACAUGAUCAAGGAUAACGGCUGGGAAUGAACAGACGCCCGGGAGAGUCGAAGUGGAUGACGGGUGGAUGGUGAAUGCGUGGGUGGAUGACUGACUUUGGUUUGCCAUUACCCUCUUAAACCUUAAACCCCUCCAUCUCCUGCUGACACACAAGCACCUCGACCCCGGGCGCCCACCCGGACUGGUAUCAGGAGAAAUAGAGGGCCGCCCCGGGUGGGCUUUGUGUGUCUGGAGGAGAGCGCGUGCACGUGCGUGUGUCCGCCCCACGACAGGUGGGAGCACACUGAGAAACAUGAAUGCACACACGAGGUGUACAGACAUACUUGUAUACACAUAAAGCACGUCACGCUCAUCUGUGCUCUACUGUUUCUACAAGAAGCAGCUCUAUUCAUACGUAUAUAUGACAUAAGGCAGGGCUCGGAGGACACGCUGCGUUUGGCAGGAUCAGGGUCACGAGGGCUGAUAGGGCUUUCUCAAUAUUGUGUAAGUGAGAAACUUCCAGGCUGACCUUUUGGAAAUUCAGCUGAUGAUGGCACCAUCUGCCCCAGUGUGGAGGCCUGGCACGUGCAGAAUGCAGGGAGGGGCCAGGAGAGAUCUCUGAAUGGGGCUCUGAUGGACCAAUGACAGCCUGCGUGAGGUCUGAGAAGGGUUCAGAUGAAGUGUACCCGUCCUGCUUUUAAAGGGAUAAUUCACUCAAAAAUGAAAAUUGGGUGUAAAUAAAAAUGUAUUAUAUAACCUGUUUGGAAGUUGCUUGAAGAAUAUCUGGGCUAGUUUUUUAGCCCAUAAUAAAUGUGAAUGGGGACUGGGACCGAAAGAGACUGAAUCAACAUAAAAGCAUCCUAAAAAUGGUUUGCGGGAUAUGUGGGUACAAACAAAAAUCAGUUAUUGAGCCAAUACAUACAAAAUCUUUAUAAUGAAAAGUAUAUAAUAGAAAAUAUAAAAAAAUCUUUACAAUAAUGAUUUGAAUCAUAUGAGCUGUCAGGGACAAUUUUAUGGAAAAUGCAAAACCGUAGUAGGUUGACUACCAUAGUAGGGAAAAUUGUUUUGUAAAUUUUGUUGUUCUUUUCAACACAAAAGAAGAUAUUUUGAAGAAUGUAGGAAAGCAAACUUUUUCACUACCAUUAUAGUCAAUGGGGUCCAAGAACUGUUUAGUUACAAGCAUUCUUCAAGACAUCUUUCUCUCUGUUCAUCAGAACAAACAUAUUUAUACCUGUUUGAAACAACAUAAGGGUGAGUAAAUUAUGACAGAUUUUAAAACUUUUCGGUAAAGUGGAAAAAAAAAAUCACUUUUACUAGCUGUUUACCGCUUUGAGUAAAUCUGCGAUUUAAACUCAAUAACCAAAUCAAUCUGAUUAAUUAAUCAAUUAAUUUCCUAAAUAAAUGCAUUUCAAUUUUUGGUGAAUUAUCUCUUUAAUGUAACAAGAAUCUCAUUGACUUUGGGAACAUGCAGCCCCUGCAUAUUAACGUCAAUGGAAACCUUAAUGUAUAGCAGUUUGAGAAACGUGUUGUCUGGACAUCUUUGUGUCUGUGGUCCAUGUUAACAGUUUGUGCUGGUCCCAGUUUCAAGGUGUUUAUUUGUACCAAGUGUUCUUGCUGUUAGUCAACUCUUUUGGGACUAAUAAGAUGAGGUAAAACUGUAGACUCUGCCUCUCCUUUAGAUUACCAGAAUUAAAAAAACAAACCACUCUUGACAGCUCCUCUGUGCCCAAGACUACUGAAACACACUUUAGUGUCAACAAAAUUAACCAAAGACCCAACAGAAAAUUAGUCGACCAAAUAAGAAAUUGCUUUUUCAUUUGCUUGAAGUAAAAAAUGAUGGCAUGUGAGAUUGUCGAAAGGUGAUUGACAUUGACUUAUUGACAUUUUUCUCUCUAAAUUUGUAUUAUUUGUUGAAAUUAUGUGAAAAAAUAAAUUAUGUGUAUAAAACUAUUUAUUCACAAUUACAGCUGAUUUCCAUGUGUGUCAGGGACUAAAUUGUUGCAUUUGUUUUAAUUUAUGAUUGUCAUCUUAGCAUUAUCAAACAUGAUCUCUGGACACCAAAUUUACUACUUUUGUACUCUAGCAGAGCGUUUCAACUGUAGUGUAUUUUAUAAAUGGAUGAGAAGAUAAUGAUGUUGUGGAACUCCCAUCGACAUUGAUAUAAAAUAUCAAUAAAGUUGAAAUAUUGAUCAA